CUGUUGCUGAGUCGGUCGCGAACUCAGCUGUAUGGCUAUGACAAAGUUCGCGUGCCAUUCCACGCGAUUCGUGCUGCACAGCUAGUAUCUAGCAUUAUCGUUGGCAGUAUAAUGUCGUUCUUCAUCUACCACCUAUCACACGACCAUUGGCCAACACCAUGGACAUUCAAAGUGUCCGGUCUCAACCCUCGUCUCAACCUCAUCCUUAACUCCACAAUCUUCGUCAUCUGGACUAUCGGCUUUGGUAUGCUGUCCUGGUGGAUGUGGGGAACCUUGACACACUAUUGCGACGUCGGUCACUGGAAUGACGAUACUGGCAUCAUGGUGUGCAAGAUAUACAAGGCCUUGUUCACCUUUGCGCUGCUCGGACUGAUCUCGACUCUAAUGGCAGUCGCUUUGGAUAUCCAUAUCAGCCGUAUGAACGGUCUACGCGGCCAACACUUCCGCCUGAAUCUUCGCGGCGACAGAAAGGCUGGCGAUAUCCCCAUGACUACUGGCCCAUACACCGACGUCCACUCUCGAUCAAACUCGCAAGAACGCCUCACAAACAACUCUCACGAGAGCCUAACACACCUCGCGACUGGCGAUGCCUUCGAGAUGCCCGUCACUGGGUCACAAAAGACCAGAGCCGGAUACGCAAUUCCAGAAUCGCAAUUUGAUUACGAAACUGGAUACCAUGGAGCUCACGCCGAAAGAGUCUUUGGCGCAAAG